AUGGAUGUUAAUUCAACUACAGAUUAUAAUAUUUCUACGCCAGUAGCUGUUAUAUUCAUAAUCUAUAUGUCAAUAGCAACCGUUAUAGGGGUUAUUGGUAAUAUCAUGGCUUUGAUGGUUAUCUAUCAUCAAUCGUCAUUGCAUAAUACUGCAGGUAUCUUAAUGGCCAAUCUUGCUGUUGCUGAUCUCUUAAUUACUAUCUUCAACAUGCCCGCUACAAUGGUCAGCUUGAUUAGUAGCCGUUGGCCACUCGGUUCAAUUAAUUGCCAGUUCAGUGGUUUUAUGAUGACUUUCGCGACUGGCGUAUCUUUAUUCACAUUAGCUGUUAUUAGUAUUGAUCGUUGUAAAUCUAUUAUCAAGCCAUUGCGCUAUCAGCAACACUACCCAUUUCGACAAUAUAUUGCUUUAAUAUCUUUGUUAUGGUUAUUUCCAUGCUUGAUGGCAACGAUGCCCUUGCUU